AAUCAGAUAAGUUGGUGAUAGACCUAAGCUAAUACAAACCAAAUUGAUUUAGACAGAAAUAGCUAAGAAAUGUAGUUGCUACUGAAGCUUGUGGUUCAUAGAAGUAAGUAUGAUAACUAUUCACUAAGGAACUCUUCACAAGCAACGACUGUUUUGAAAGACUUGCAUUUCCAGGACAAAAAUAUGGGACCCAAGCUUCUUCUUGUUGCAAUCGCCGUCGGUUUCAGCGGCGCCUAUAACGUUCUUCCCGACGUCGUGUUUUCAUCUCUCCCGAGCGAGACUCGAGGGAAUUCGACUACAGUCAACAGAAAUGAUUCUUCUUCUUCUUCUUCUGGGGAUCCUCGAGAAUUCCACACUGACCGAGGAGAUGAUCGACAUGAUCUCGACUCCCCGUACGACCAGAACCACCACCGCCUCGACGAGGAGCCUCUUCAAGGCGGACGUUCGUUAAUGGCUUCCAGAGAAUGGAAGCAGAAGCACUCUAUUUGCUCGAAGUUCCUCCCCCUCAGCAUUUUCGGCCUCCUCUUGAUCGCUUUGGGUGUUUUCAACAGCUUUGUCAAUGGCGCUAUCUUGUGGGACGCCAUUAACAGCAGCUCCGUCACCUCCCUCACGAACUCCGUCACGAACGCGAACAACAAUAACAACAUGGAUACAAACAACGAUAACAACAUUAACGCCAACUUCGAUUAUAAUUUUAAUCAAAUAGGACGACGAUACGCCCGUCAGAACGGCGAUGGUGACGGUGAAUUUGAACCUGAUCGCUUGGACUUGGAAGGUUCCAACGCCACAAGAAACGACGACGGUCUAGGGCGGAAAGCGAGCUGCGCAUGCUCUCAAUCGAGAGGAGGAGGAGUUUCUUGGCCAUCUGCCGCAAAGACAAGUUUCCAGAGGGUCUGGACAGUUGGCCAGGACUUUCUGUCAGAGAAUCCCCAGUGUGUGUCCCGGAUGGCCUGCGAUGUCGCGUCCUCUUUCGUGCCUUCUUCAAUAUCCCCAUUCCUGGUAGUUCUUCCGUCGGGAAUGGAAGGAGCGAGGUCUCUGCUCCUGUCUGCUGCAGGUGGGCAUUGCGCCGUUACAUACGACAGGUGCCCAGUUUCACUGGGUCCAAUCGUCACAUCAGCGAUGCAGUGGCUUGAGGACUCUUCGUAACCCUUUUCCUGUGGCUGGGAAUGGGCAGACUAGGUCAUCUGAUUUUGGAGACUACCAUUGUUUGAGGAUGAAUAUACAAAUAUUCUUUUAUAACUGUAAACUGACGAAAUUAUAGUAUUACUGCGGUAUUACGGGCUAGGUAAGAGAUCAUUGGAGGGAGCCCUUCCUUAGGAAGAGCAAUUCGUCAAUAUGGUUUUGGUUUAUGCUGAAUUUUAAAGGCUGUUCAUCAAAUGAAUAAAGGUUUCGGAUUUUUA